CUCACUGCAUUGGUUGAACCGAGUCGGAAGACAGUGGAAGAUGCCAACCUUUCUUUGAUGGAGGCGAAAAACGCGACAAAAGAAGUGAUUGAUAAGCUAAAAGAUAAAACACCAGACGACCGUUUAACAGAGGUAACUGAAGAGGUGCAAAGGAUUAUGGUUUUGGGAGAAGUUCAAAUACGAGAUAUUGAAAGAUCAUGGGAAAAGAAUGCCACUGAUAUAACUGAAGGCGGAGCUGACUUCGGGACUAUCAGAGAAAAAUGGAGUAGUGCACAUGAAAAAGAACAGAAAAGGGCGGAUGAAGAAAAAGCUAAAAGGACUGCAGAGGAUGAAAGAGACGCCGAAGAAGAAAGACGAAUCGAAGAAGAGAAGGCAAGGCUGGAGGAAGAGAAACUUGCUGCAGCAGUGAAGGAGAAACUGGUCGAAAAGGAGAGACUGGCUGCAGAAGAGAAGGCAAGAAAGGCUAAAGAAGAUGAACUGGCGAGAACGGCAAAGAAAGAGACGGACAACAGCAGCAGUCCUUCAUUGGUGCACAGUCCCAUUUUGCUUCUUGUUCUCUUGUGUGUUUUGGGUUGCUCUCUCGUGUGCUGA